UUUUUGAUGCAGAGGAGGAGUUAGGGUUUCAUUCAUGCACUGAGCACAAAAGGAUUCUAACUCCUUUUUACUAGAUUUGAAUUCUUUUUGAAUUCUUGCAUUGAUUUUUAACAAAGAGCAUAAAGAUAAAAAUUUUUGAUUUAUAUAAUUAAUAAUUUCUCCAAUACAUUAAGGCUUCAUAAGUAAUUACACCAUCAAAUUUUUCUUUGAUCCUAAGUUUGACUCUUUCUGGAAAUACCCUUGGAAGACCAUCUGUAAAUCUGUCUUUUCGGUGAGGUUGAUUACCAUCUGUUCUGGUUUUAUUAUUAUUAUUACAAUGCUGUGAUGUUCUGGACAGUGUCACAUCAUUCUGUUUGAUUGCAUCAUAGUUUGAAUAUACUUAUGGAAACAUUUAACUAUUUGAUGCAUUAGCUUGAUUAUUGAGUUUCCAAGUUUUUCGAGAUCUUGAUUCUGUUGCCAUUAAAACCAAAUGUAUAGUUGAUUAAUGCCUUCUACACUAGAGUAGUUUAUUGCAGUUUUGAGGUUUUUUGUUGGAGAUAUAUUUUGUGGGUUUAAACAAAAAAGAGAAAAAACAUUUGCAGGAUGUAUUGGGCAAAGAAGAUCCUUGAAUGGACCAGAGGACCUGAAGAAGCCCUUGCAAUAUCAAUUUAUUUGAACGACAAGUAUGAAAUAGAUGGGAGGGAUCCAAAUGGAUAUGUUGGCUGCAUGUGGUCGAUCUGUGGUGUUCAUGACCAGGGUUGGCAAGAGCGACAGAUAUUUGGGAAAAUUCGCUACAUGAACUAUGCAGGCUGCAAGAGGAAAUUCGAUGUUGAUGGAUACAUUGCAUAUGUUAAGAGGCUAGUUACUGAAACCAAGAAGAGGAAAGCAGAAAGCUCUCUAGGUAAGGAAGCAAAAGAACUCCGCGUUUGAAAUCUAAAGGAAUCAGAGUGGAUGUGGGAGAACCACUGAAAACAAAAUUUAAUGCUUCCUAUCUGGUGGAUCACUUACACUACAGAAAAAAAGGUUAGUAACAUGUAGGCAUUAGUUUUUAUGACAAGGAGUCUGCUAAUUUUUUCUUAGCCCACAGUUCUGAGACCAUUGGCUUUUGUUGUCUUCUUUUGGCUCUGACAAAAAAUGACCACUAUUUUUCAAAAUGGCCCUGAUAAAUGUAUUUAUAUCAAGCAAAAAGAAUGGUACCUCGUCUUAAUUGUGAAUCUUUCAUUGAAAUGGAUGUUACUGACAAUGGCUUUAGGCUUUGGAAUUAGUAUAUGCUGUUAGUUUAGCUUGGGUGUAAGGAUCUCUCAUAAUGUUCAGAAUAUGUUAUCUAUCUUAUAUUCAUCUGUAAGGUAGCCUUAUAGGGUGAAUAUCAUGGGGCUAUUAAGCUGUUACAAGAAAUCUUGUACAACAAAUUGUUCUUUAUACCUUCUAAAUCAUUUUUUCUGAUUGAAUUUUUGUAUAAGCUCA